UUUUAAGGUAUAUAUCAUUGAGGUGCAGACAGGUGUCCAUAACUGGAAGGUGAAGCAUCGUUACAGUGACUUUUAUGAUCUCCAUGAAAAACUAACAGCAGAGAACAAAAUAGAACGAAAUUUGCUGCCUCCUAAAAAGAUAAUUGGAAAGAAUUCCAAAAGCUGGUGGAAAAGCGUCAGAAGGAUCUGGAGGUCUACCUACAAGCACUGCUUGCAAAGUUUCCUGUUACUGUUCCAAGAGCUUUGUCCCAUUUUUUGCACUUUCACUUAUAUGAAAUUCAUGGAAUUGCUGCUGUUCUGGCUGAGGAGCUUUACCAUAAUGGAGAGCAAUUACUUAUAGCAGGAGAAGUAUUUCAUAUGAGACCUCUACAAUUGUAUGCCAUAACACAAUUGCUGCGACUUGGCAAACCAACCUGUAUUAAUGGAGAUGCCAAAACUGACCUUGGGCACAUACUUGAUUUUACUUGUAGACUUAAAUAUUUAAAGAUCAGUGGUUCAAAAGGUCCUGUUGGAACAAGUAAUAUUCAAGAGCACUUGCUAUCAUAUGAUCUAUCUGUAUUUAAAUCACUUUGUCAAGUAGAGAUCUGUCAUUCGGAUGCACGACUUAUCAAAGGCUUCACCUCUUGCAAGAAAACACUGGAAACUAUGACUGUUCAGUUUUCAGCAUCAUCAAUGAAGGAUAUUCUGGUGCCUGAGGCUCUUGAAUUCGAUCAUUGGGAGGCAGAAGGUGCAACAUCUGACUGUCCUAUAACAGCUGUAGUGCCGAAAUGGAGUACGCUGACCACUGUGGAUAUGAGCCACAAUCAGAUUUCUUGUAUUGAUGAUUCUGUGAAAAUUGCUCCACAAAUAGAGUUUCUGGCCUUGAAUCGUAACAAGAUAUCCUCCAUAGAAAAUCUGCAGUACUUGUAUAACCUGAUUCACUUGGAUCUGUCGUACAACAAACUCUCUGGGCUGGAAGGCAUUCACUCAAAGAUUGGAAAUAUAAAAACACUAAAUUUAGCUGGAAACCUGCUAGAAAGUCUCAAAGGGCUCAAUAAAUUAUAUUCCCUGGUCAACCUGGAUUUAAGCAACAACAAGAUCUCACAGGUUGAUGAAAUAAAAAAUAUUGGGAAUCUUCCAUGCUUGGAAACUAUGAUUCUGACCGACAACCCUGUGAUAAUUAUCCCUGAUUACAGAACAAAAGUUCUUGCACAGUUUGGGGACAGAGCUGCAGAGGUUUGUUUGGACAAUACUGCUACAACAGAAAAAGAACUGGACACAGUAGAAGUGCUGAAAGCAAUCCAGAAAGCAAAGGAAGCAAAAAGUAAACUGAAUAAUACUGAUAAAAAGAUGAGUGAGGACUUCCGGCUCACUGCUUCCAGCUCUUCUUUUCCUGCAAAUGCUUCCUCCUCUGUCUCUCGGACUGUUAUCUCCAGUCAAGACCAGCCCACAGACAUCAGAUCCUCUAGUCUAACUCGCAAUGAUCAUUCACAGAGAAAAGGUGGAAUUCAACAUUCUGCACAUGAUAAAGUAAAAAGCAGAGAGCCAUCCAAAUCUGAAGUAGUUACACAAAAUGAUGAUAAAAAUCUUCAUGUUGUCAGUCUGAUUACGUUAGAAGAGGAGUCUACAGUAUUUCCAGAACUUCACUGCUCCCUUUUUCCUAUCCCUUGCGUAUCAAAUACUGACACUGAUCGAGAUUUUAUUCCUUACUUUUCCACAUCAAUUGCCCAUGCACUAAAGCAGAAGCAGCAUCUAGCAGGAAAGCUGGAGACAAGUAAUAACCCAAGAGGAGACUCUUGUGAACCAGAGGAUGGCUACUUUGAAAUGGGACUCCACAAGAAAGACCAUAGUGUAGACUGGAAUCUUCCAGAGAGAACUCCAUGUCUUCAAGACACAAAUAUCAGUAUUGUACGAGUACUUUGGAACUUCUCAGUUCACCUUCAGGGAGACAAUGUCAAACCAUUUUCUUCAUGCCUUGUUUUAACUGAUACCUUAAUUGCCUUUUUUGAGGUCCAUCGUGAGGAGCCGGAAAAAAGCCACACUUCCCUUCCAUCUUUGCUAAAACUAGUUUUCUAUUUUUAUUAUGAAGAUGUAACUGAAUUUGGAGUUCUAAUACCAGAGACAUGCAUAGCACUUAAUAUAAGAAAUGGAGAGGAGUACAUAGUCAUAGUAUCAGAAUCUCGAAACGUGGAAGAAUUUUCUUCAUGUUUACAUGAACAGUGUUCACAAAACAGCAUUUCACUGCCAUCUGUCUCAGCCCCGACUUUCGAAGCUGGACUUCAAAGUUUCUUUCAACAUCUAUUAGUGGAGCACCAGAUAGAUUUAGCAGAUUGUGAAGUUAAAGGUUUUUUUCCAGUGUGUUUGCUUUAUUUUGAUGUCCUUUUUAAAAGAAACACUCAAGGAGACCUGCAUGAAAAAAACUCUAAGGGCACAGAGUUGAGUUCUGCACCUUUUUUUUAUCAUAAAGCACAAUUCUAAUCACAAUACUGAUAAUGCUUUGCCGGUUUGGUUGUUCUUUACUCAACAAGAUAUGAUAAUGGUCCAAAUAGAUUAUCAUAUGAUCUCUAGGGAUAAAAAACUGUCUGACUGUUCCCAAAAUAUCUUCACCCUGAGCAAAGUUCCUCUUGCUUCCAUAGUUGUGCAUCCAAUGUGCCAGCCCACUGAAGAGAACCAUUCUCUCCAAGACGGUCAUGUUCUCCAGUUAAUUUUGGAUUCCAUGUCUGUGACUGCUUUUUUUGUUUUACCUCAAGAUAAAUGCCGCUUUUUAUAUCUGUAUAAAUCACUGAGAACUUCCCUUCCUGAUUUUAAAAACAUAGUAAUUUUAAAGGCUUUAAUGAACUUGAAAAGCACACAGGGUAACCUUCUGGAAACCAAGAAAACUCAUCUGCAGACUGUUAGUACCAUUAAACUUUCCAUGACCUUACCUACCACAUACCCUAAUGAAAGUUUACAUUAUAAAUUAAGUGAAGAAAACCAGAUACCAUUCCACCUAUCAGCAUCUGAACCAUUGCAAUUUAUCUCUGCACUUACUGGGAAAAGCAUUGUGGAAUUCUUCCACAACAGUGUUUCUGAGGAUGAAAAUGAAGAAUUACGGCACCUCAUGUGGUCAUCCCUUUCAUUUUAUCGGACACCAGACGUGGAAAUCACAUCCUGUGUUUUGCUGUCAACAAAGGCAGUUUAUUUUGUGCUGGAUGACACAAUAAAAAAGAUAAAUCAGAUACCACUGAAUUCCUGCAACCAAAACAAUGCCAGCUUAGAGCACAGUUUGUUCCACCAUUGCUGCUGUAUAGGGAUAAAGUUCAGUGAUCUGCAGUCUGUAAACAUUGGACUUUUUGACCAGUUCUUUAGAAUAACAGGUCCUUCUCCAAACCAUGUUGUAACGUGUUUAACCAGAGACAGCUAUACUACCCAUGCAUUCAUCCAACAGCUCAUGUCUGUAUUAUCCUUGCUGGCACGAACACCAUCCCCAGAGCCUGUAGAAAAAGACUUCUACUCAGAGUUUGGCAAUAAGAAAACAGGAACAAUGGAAAACUAUGAAAUGAUCCAUUCCAGCAGAGUGAAGUUUAUUUAUCCAAAUGAAGAAGAAAUUGGGGAUCUUACUUACAUUGUAACAGAAAGAACUGACUCUCUAGGAACAUUGCCAUCUUUAAACAUUUUACUGUAUGUCCUGGCAUUCCAAGUAAGCACAGUAGAUGGAACUGACCAAGAAGCUUUGCUGCAACCUAAAACCCUCAUUCUCACAAGCUCAGACCUGUUUUUGUUCAAUGAAGAUUACAUCAGUUACCCACUUCCUGAUUUUGCCAAAGAACCCCCGAAAAAAGAUAAGUACCAGUUAGUGGAUGGGAGGCGUAUUCGGGAUUUAGACCGUGUGCUGAUGGGCUACCAAACUUAUCCUCAGACUCUUACAUUCGUGUUUGAUGACUCUAGCAACCAAGACUUGAUGCACAGUUUAUCUAUGGAUCAUUUUGCGGAACCUUUAAGUCCCUGCAACAUUCAGAAAACCUGUGGCAAUAAUCAAGAAGUACAGUGGUACAUCUUUAUUCCAAGUGCUGACUGCCGGGAAAAGUUGAUAUCGCUUCUUGCCCGCCAGUGGGAGAUUCUGUGUGGUAGGGAGUUACCUUUGGAGUUGACAGGAUGA